GAAUUAUCCAUGAGCUUUGGGACACUGUAUGUAUCAGUGUAAGCCAUCGAAUUAGAAGUGUGUGUUGCGAAUACGGUUACAUCAGCCAAUGAGUAAGCGAACGAAAAGAAGGUGAGAAAGUGAGAGAAAACAAGAAAAAUGGACUGCUGUGUGUUCGGUUGUCAUGUAUGCGCGCGCCAGUCAAAACAACAACAUAAUCACACUCGUUUAUACACAACACCGAUCUGUUGAUGUCACAGAUUAAGUUAGCGGCUUAAGAUGCGGUAUAGUCUUGAACAUAGACUGCUAUCGAUAGGACGCAAAACGGAUAACUCCUGCUGAACAUCAUUAUCAUCACAAUUUUUUUUUUAUGUAAAUUCAAAUAAAAUAAUUUACCGAAGAUAUUUUUCGAAAGUAAAAAAAAAAUUUCAAUAAAAAAUAUAUCGUUAAAAAUCGACGAAAAAAAAAAUAACAUGAUGAAAAGUGAAGUGAUCAUUUUGUAACGGAAAUUAAUUGAACACAAAGUCAUAAACAUAAAUUUCGAUAAAUUGAUGAUAGAUUUUGUUAGUGUUUAAAUUGAGUUGACGUGAUGAAAUUUAAUGAAAUUAAUUUCGAAUUGAAAAAGGACGGAUUAACUGUCCGUGUCCAUCCCAUAUAAACGGAAGAAGAAAAAUUUAGAAAAAAAAAACUAUGAUCGCUUUGGAAUUUUCGGUGCUAUUGAUAGUUUAUAGAUCAUUAUUAACAUUGAACGCGUUUGUAAAUCAAUCGAUGUGAAAAAGAAAAGUAACAAGAGCAUCCAACGAAGCCACCAAUGAAAUCAAAGGAUUAGUCUCACUCGCUCACUCAUUUUCAUUAUUAUUCUUCUGUUUUUUUUUUUUUUUAUUUCGUCCGUUUAAAUGGCAAGCAUAUUGGCUUGCAUGUAAAAUACACCAGUUUAAAAAUAGCUUGUGUUGUGUGUGCGCGCUGGUUUGCUGUGUGUUGUUGAGAGCAACGUGCAUCGUGCAAAUAAACCAUUCGAUAAAUUAAUUUGAGCGAAGAGAGUCAUAACACAUGUACACUCACGCCUCUCGCACAAGGGAUCCCGAAACGAACAAAACAAAUAAACGGUGCAUAAGUGCAAAAAGUGAAGGAGAGCGAGUGAGAGUGUGUGGGAGAGCGAGUGAGUGAGAGCAAACAUUUAAUUAUUUACCAGAGUAAAUAUUCCGUUACAGCAGAAACGAGCAAAAAAAAAGAGAAAAAUGUAUUCCAUACACAUUGAGAGAGCUUAAAGUGCUAAACAGGAUUUUAAACAUUCAUAAAAAACGCAUUUAUGACUUUGACUACGAAGAAAGAGAAAUAUGCAUGUAAUAAUUUGAAGAUAGAAGGAAAGAGAGUGUGUGUGUUUGUGUCAUAAAACGGAAAAAUUCAAGGAGAUUUCUUGUAAUAGAUGGAAAUUUGAUAUUUAAUUUGAUCAUUCCCCGGGUAUAACGAUAGCAAAAAAAAAAACGUAUAAUAACAACACGAUAACCGUAUAUGAACGAGCCAACGGAUUUCCACAGAAAUUUCGUCAACCAUAUAUGCAGAUGGUAAAUUUAUAGGCGAUCACAUUGCUGCCGCUGUCACCAAGACCGCAGAUUCGUCUUUUUUUGUGAAUGUAUCUUUUGAAUUUGUCACAUCUGAUCAUCAUCGGAGAAUGUCUGCAAAAACAUCACCACUAUUGAUGAAAAUUAAAAAAGAAGUCAACGAAGAAAUCAAGGAAUACGCUGAAUCAGCGAUGAAUGAGCUGCUCGGUUGGUAUGGAUAUUGCAACAGUAACAACAACGACCAUUCAACCGAACGUUUCAAUAGUUUGACAAACGCCAGAAUGUCAACACCAAAUUUUGCAGCAUGUUUAUCGCGGUCCGCAUCAUAUUCAAGUACGAAUCAGUCAUCGAACAGCGCUGCAGCCGCUACCGCCGCCGCCGCCGCUGCCGCUACUACCAUCACAACCGUUUCCGUUGGAACCAGCAGCAGCAAUCGGAAGCGUGAAAACAGUCUAUCGAUGGACGAUAUUGAUAAUACAACCGAUAGCAUGUCGGCCGUGGAUGAACUCACAAAGAUGUCACCGCAAACGAGCAAGGACAGUAUCAAUGCACCAACAACAACAACAACAACAAUAACCACCUCAGAAAAAUCACCACUCGGGUCACAAUCAGAUGAAUGUGGCUGGUGCAAACGGGUGAUUUCAUUUGGUUCGUCCGAAUUUUCGGCAUCUUCGGAAGGGCUAAAAUUUUGUUCGGAAUCAUGUUUCACACAGAGUCGUCGUGCAUCAUACAAACGGGCCAAAACAUGUGAUUGGUGCAAGCAUAUACGUCAUGCGGUUAGCUAUGUUGAUUUUCAAGAUGGUGCAUCACAAUUGCAAUUUUGCUCCGAUAAAUGCUUGAAUCAAUAUAAAAUGCAAAUUUUCUGCAAAGAAACCCAAGCACACUUGGAUUUGAAUCCGCAUUUGAAAGACAAAGGCAAAUCGUCCAACGAAAAUUUAAUUACGCCCGAUUUAUGGAUGCGAAAUUGCCGAAGUCGAAGCCGUUCAUUGACACCGGACCAACGUUCGAAUGAUUCGCGAACCGCCACUGAAUCACCCAUCGCCGUAACACCAACAAUCAAUGCCGUGCCAUCGAUCAAAGUGGCUCCCGUUUCCAAACUACUGUCAACCGAACACGAUGCAUCGAGGCGACAAUCAAAAGACAACGAGCCAACAACGAACGUUGAAUUGAAAAACUAUUCGAAUUUUGCGCAAAAAUCACGUGCACUGCGCAAACGUCGUACAAAUCGUCUCAGCUCCAAUUCAAGCAGUAUCUUGGGCAAUGAAACCAUCAAUAACAACGAUAGCAACAACGAAAAUCGAAAUACUCAUGGAAAAAUCCACGCAACGAAUUUGAUAAGUGAUCCAAAUAGAAUAUGCCUGUUGCAGCCAUCAUUGAUGUCGACUAUGCCACCAUCAAAGAUUUCACCGUCAUCGGCAAAGAACCAACAAAUCGAUGAACCAAAUGCCGCCUUUUUGCAACGCUACCAAUUGAUGUCACAGCAAUCGCCGAAUUUGUUUGCAAUCAAUGAAAAUCGUUCGCUACAAAAUGCUCUACGUCAAUCGGCCCCAUUUAUUGCUCCAUUGAUUCCGAAUGCUGGCUUCCCCGAUACUGGACCACCACCGCCACCGCCAUCGCUAUCAUCGUCGUCAUCGUUGCCCGAUGCCAUGCCAAAAAUACUACCCGGUCAACCGCAUCCAUUGUUGAAAUUUCUACCGAUGCAACGGCAACGAUCUGAACCGCCACCAUCCCUGAAUGCCAAUCGUAAACAUAGUUUUGGGCCCGAAAAUAAUCCAAUAUUUUUGAUGCAACAACAUCAAAAAACACAAGCGCUCAAUGAAUAUGUGAGCCAUAUUUUUGGUACGGUAACACCACCGUCAACACUUCUGAUGCCAUACCCAAUCAUUUUGCCAAUCCCGUUGCCAAUACCAAUUCCGUUGCCAUAUGAAGCAUUUUUAAGAGCCGCCGAAGUCAAGCCAACCAAUGCAAAUUAUGCGAACGGCGUUCGCAGUAGCUGUAGCACCAAUGAAGAUGAUAGUCUAGCGAAAAAUUGCCGAAAAUCGAAUGCAAACGAUCAACCGCUUGAUUUUACAAAAGAUAACAUUGCAAAUGAAGUACUCAAAGCAUCCGAUAACGAUGAAUCUGAUGAUGACAAAGAAGAUAGUAGCCGAAGCUCCAACAAGGAUGGUGCAACACAUAUCAGAAAUGAGCUGACGAAAUUUCGGGCCAAUCGACAAACGGCAAACAAACGAUCAUUGACCAAAGAGCCAACAUCCGAGAAUAAUCGACCAUUACGCAAACGGAAACGGGUCAUUGACUGCGACUACAUGCGAUUACGGGACUCCAACUCAAAUGACACAAUCAAUUCAAGAAAAUCCAUUUAAUUUGAAUCCUAUUCAAAAUUCACUUAACACAGUUGCUAAAUAAAAAACGAAAAAUUACCAAUAAAAAAUUAUAUGAUGAAAAUGUAUACAAUUCCCCUAUUCGAGUAGAGAAAUGUAUGAUGAAAGAAGAAAGUAAAACAAAUGCCAUGGUUUAAGUUAAAUAUUGGGAUUUAAUCCAAACUUUGAAUCGUAAUUUCCACAAUUUUCUGUUUCUCUUUAUCAUUAGAAUUAGUUGAGUUUUUUUUUUGUACAUAAAAAUUUCAUUUUUCAUUUAAAAAGAAAGAAUUAUAAAAUAUAUAGAAUUUUCUUUAAAUUUAAAUUAGAGAAAUUUUUUUGCUGUCGAGAAAAGAGAGAGAGAGAUAGAGAGAGAGAGAGAGA